AAGACAUCUCGCCUCUUUCCGCACUUACAUAAACAACCCUUUCAACCCAAAUCCAAAUCCAACCCUAAUCAAACCACCAUCCCCAACCCGCCAAAAUGGUUUCCGUCCGAUCAAUCCUCACCAGCGCCCUCAGCGCCGCCUCCCUCUCAUCCGCGUACAUCACGGGCGUAACGGCGCCGGACAGCGCGAAAGCCGGAACAACAGUAACAGCGACGUUAACAGCCUCGAUCUACAUCCAGAACUGGAGCGACUUCGGCAUCGUCUGGGGCAUCGCGCCGGCGCGCAUCAACUGCGGGGACGUCGUGUGCGUGGGCCAGCAGAUCGCCUACACGAACCUGUACCCGGACAACCAGCCGAAGCCGGGCAAGUUCAACAUCGACGUCGCACUCCCCUCUACCCUGAGCGCCGGCGACUACCAGCUCGUCGCCGCCGUGCCGUAUCUCGUUGGCGCGUCCGGCCUAGUCAGCAUCCAGAGCCACACGGCCAACAUCACCAUCACCGCAUAAGCAAUCAGCGGGCGGGCGAUGUGUCGAGCUAGCUA